UUUAGCUUAAGCUUUCGACUUGAGAUUUAUAGUAGAAUAUUUCACUGGAAAGUCAUAUGAAUCUAGUUAAAAAUAUGAGUGAAACUUUUCUUUUGAACACUGCUAUUUCAAUGCGUGUAAAUAUCUUAUUUUCUCGCGUUAUUUACAAUUAACCGAAUUAAUAAUGAGUGUUUACGUAUUAUCGGAUGAUAGUGAUCACAGUAACCAUGAGGACAUCGAUUUUAUGAAGAAGUUCGAAGACGAUGCUAAAGAAGAUUGUGUAGAUUUAACUCAGGAAGAUUUGGAACCUGAUAAUGAACCAUACCGAUCACCGACGAUCAGUGACCCCUACGAAGAUCUGCCUCCAGUCCAGCUGACAGGCCCGGUGGCCACCCUAACCUCCAACAGCAGUACUAACAGUGGCACCACAAGAUCUGGUAGCGAUGGUACCACCAGCUCAAGUGGGGUGGCCACUCUUAGCUCUGGAAGCAAUAGUUACGGUAGCUUAGGCUCUGGGAGCUAUGGUAUGACCAGUGGUACAAACAGUUCUAGUUGUUAUGGGGGGUCUGAAUGCUCUAGCGGUAGUAAGAAGGAGUUGUGUACUAUUCUUGACUUAAUCUUAUUAUCCUCAUCACCACUAAAUCAUCAUCAUCAUCAAUUUAACUGUUUAGAAACCAAAGAUGCUAAAAGCAAGAAGAAGGCUGAUGCACAAGCCAAGAAGCAGAAGUUGGCUCAAGAGCGAGCAGCAAAGGCAGCUGCCGCUGAAGCGAACAAGGUUUACAAGCCCGGGGAGUGCAUGAAGUACAUGCACAUAGAAAUGCACCCAUCCCUGCUCGAGCAAUGGUACUGCGCAGACGUGCCCCGCGAGGCGGGAGCCGCGGGCGCCAAGAUCGAGACUGUGAAGGAUCUGUGCGACCCGGCUCUUGUCAUGUGGAGCCGGCGGGUGCCCAGAGCGCUCACUGCGUCUAACGGACAGGUAGAGUUGUCUGCGGCCCGCCAACGUUGCCCGCGCGCGUUAUAUACGAGCACAAUAUCGGAAAUAUCCCAUUUCGUCCGCAACAGAUCCCUCUCCGCGCACAUACAGCAAGCGGCGGCGCUGGCCGACUGCGAACUUACCCUGGUCGUGCUCGGGGUGAAGGACUAUUUUAAAGCGGCUAAUCGGAGGCAAAAUGGGGUUUUGAUCACGGAGAUUGAGCUGGAAAUGGCUUUAACAGAUUUAUUGGUGAGUGCUCGAUGUGACUCAGCGCUGGUCGACACGCCUAAUGAACUGGCUCUACUUAUUGUACAGUUCACCAAGGCAAUAGCUGAGGAACCACAUAAGAAAAUAAAGCGAAGCUUUGAUGAACAAGCAGAGUUCUACAUGAGAGGAGACAACAAGAAAUGUGUUCCUGUGGAUAAAGAUGGAAAUGGAGCUAGUAGAUUAUGGCAGCAAAUGAUCGCUGUACUCCCGGGAUCCAGUUUAGAAACUUCUAGAUCUGUCUGCGCGCAAUACAAAUCACCUCUCGCCCUUUAUCAGGCGCUUCAACUUCCGAAUGGAGUAAAUGAAUUGGCUGAUAUAGGAGUUUCAAGAACGGGAGUCCCUGGAUCAAAAAGUCGUCGUUUAGGGCCGGAGUUUGCGAGGAAAUUAAGGAUAUUAUUUACUGCUGAAGACGGAGAUGUGCUAAUAGACUGAUAAGUUAAAAUAUUGUUUGUAAAUCAUGAAGAGGAAUAAAUAUUGUUUUUACGUUA